GGCAGAAGAGGAGGAAGAGGAGCAGGACUACACGGGGGAUGUCUGCCAGCCUGGAACCGCCGGCGUCAUUCGGACUCAUGUUCCCGUUCAAAGAGGAGCGAAGCCGGAAUAAGGAGCGCCUGGAGGCCAGCCUGGCGGCGCUGUGCGAGCUGGAGUUGCUGAAACAGAGGCAGGAGAGCCGGGUUCUCAGCGCGCUAUGCCUCGGGGACGAAGCUCCGGUGCGCACGGCUUGGACGGCGCUGCGGGCGACGGAGGAGGACGCACCGGAUUUCGGCGUGAGGCUGCAGACCAGCAGCUUGCAGUGCACACCAUGGGGCAUUAUGGCAUCUUUGGAGCAGCAUGUGGCCCAGUUGAAGGUGAACGCUGAGGUGAAAUUAGCAGAUUUGCCCACCGUACUGGAUGACUGCCAAGCCCCCGCAGAAAUCUCUCUGCCUAAAGAAGCUGACUUACCCACCGAAGUAUCCACCUUUCACCAGAGGCUUCCCCGCUCUUUAUCAGCUCCAAACGGGACCCCGGACACUGACACCUGGCUCUCCGACUUAGCCAGAAGUACAUUGUUUGCAGACGCUUUGGCGGAGCUCAAGAGCCUCGAACAGGGUCAAGAGGGCAACCAGCAAGCUCAGAAGGCAGAGACCUAUAUUUUCGGACUGAUCCAGCGUAAAGCCCUACCGCCGAGGCCUUCAAAACCUCGCACAAGCUUAGCACCCGAUGCCCGUGCGAUAGGCGUGGUGAGGCAGAGUAGUUUAUGUCGCAAAGAAGACCAGCAUUCCCCAAAGCAAGUGCCUACGCAAGUGAUUCCUGAGGUUGCUUCUCCAGUUCUUAUCCAAUCGCAAGUUCCAGAAAGGAUUCCAACUGUCACUGUCCACAACUUGGACCAUGAACGGUUUCAAGGAAGUGCUUACAUUGACGAACCGCCACCUCCGUAUCAUCAUCUUCCGCAAAACAUCCAACAUCAAUCAGGUCCAUACCACAAACCCAAACAAGUUCAGAUGGUCGCCAAUCGGUCGAUAUCGUUGGAAUAUCAGUCUUGUAGGGUGAUUCCGACCCACGUGGACUCAAGCAAUAGUGAACCUGAUUCGCCCCAGAACUUCCAAGGAGGCUACUCACCGGCAGCGCCCAAACCCCAGCAACUGCCCCCGCCUGAAGAACAUCUAGUCAACGCGGAGUACAUCCCCGCCCAGCCUUGCCGAGCGUCAACCAGGGCAUAUGCGCACCAUCACCACCAUCACCACAAAACUUCCGGCGCUUCCAAACCCAACCGGAGCACAUAUUCCCCGGAAAGAACCCAUCACCAUCAAGAACAACAACCGACGCAAAGCCAGCCGUCAAGAUCUCGAAGCAACGCCAAGAAAUGUGACAAAAAUGGCGCCGCUCGGAAGCAAGGCAAAAAGGCAAGCAGGUCGCAAUCAGAAAAUAGUUUGCAGAGAGCGCCAGAAAGGAAGUACAACACGGUUGAACGCGAUGGAGCGGGGAGUGGGAGCGGUAGCAGGGGUAGCCGGGGUAGCCAGACGAAGAGUAAGAAGCAGCAGCAUCACAGCAAUGGAAACUACCGGAGAUGGCAGUCCUCCUUGGAGCUCAGUCAGGAUGAAGCCGAACAACCACAUGGUCCAACACAUGUGCAGGUCCAUCCAACUUCCAACCAGAGGGACCACUGUUCAAAGCGCACCCGCAAAUCCCGUCCCACGCACCCCUCCUACGCCUACCCCGCGCCCAACCACCACAACCACCCCCACCACAACCAUUCCCACCACCAUUCCCAUCACCAGCACAUGGAGUACCAGCUGGACAGUCGGCCGGUUGAGGACUACCACCACGGGGCGCAAGGGGAGUCCGAGUCCAGUACGAGUGAAGCGGAGUCUCCAGAUUCCAGCUCUCUGUCCAGCGAUUCAGACGAGAGCGGGGGGCUUGUUUGGCCUCAGCAGCUCCCGCCCCAGCUGGCCCACCCGCCCCCGUCGGCAGCAGCCGCGGCACCAGGGGGACCUCUCCAGCAGAAGGCCUUCGUGAAGAUCAAGGCCUCGCACGCGCUAAAGAAGAAGAUCCUACGCUUCCGCACUGGUUCGCUGAAAGUGAUGACUACUGUGUGAGGAGGAAGACUGGAUAGAGCUAUGUCGAAUGUUUGUGGUUAGUUGGUGAAUUGGUUUUGGCAAAAGACUCACCAAAGAGAUGUUGGAGAUGUAAAAUGGGAUUUAAAGUAUGUUGUACAAAAUGUGUAUAAAGGUACUAGAAGAUGAGUAAAUUAAUAUGGACUUUAAGAUGUUACAAAUGAUGAAGGACUUCUGCCAAAUGUGCUUUUUGUUUUAAUUUUCUCGACUGUGUUUGUAUAAAAAGGAUACAAGGAAGAAGACAGAAUAUUAACAUUAUGGUUGUCAGUAUUAAAAAUCAUCACAUCAAGUUUGAGCUAUUUGGAAUUGAAGCAAAUUUGUAUUGGGUUUCAUGGGUUUCAGUUUUCCGUUUACGCCAUUGACGCCAUCAUGAGGUUGUUGAUAAAAUACUGUACAUAUAAACAGACAUAGCCC